UCAUAUAAUCCUAAAAUCCUUAUCAUAUAUGUUUUUGUCAUUCAUAUAUAUUUGUAUUGUAUACUACUUUUACUAAACCCCAAAUCACUCCCCAGCUAGCUCAAAUACAUACAAUGGUUUAUUAGCAACCAAAAGCAUUAUCUAUCUAUCUAUCUAUCUAUCUAUAUAUAUAUAUAUAUAUACAAUGUUUCGUUUCAGGGCAUUAAACGACACCGUUUCGAUUCUAGUUUUGUUACUUUUGUCAUUCCCAUUAUUAUCAUUGGGUAUUCGAUAUUUCCCAAAUAAUAAUAAUGAGAUAAAUUCAAGAUCAGGAUCUUCUUCUGGUGAUAUUCUUCUAUACAGAUAUACUGAAGCGCCGGAAUACCGUAACGGGGUAGGCUGCACACGUAACACCAUCCACGUGGCAAUGACGAUUGAUUUAGAAUAUCUACGUGGCUCAAUCGCAGCAGUACAUUCAGUCCUCCGUCACGCUUCUUGUCCUGAGAAUGUGUUUUUUCACUUUAUAGCCGCUGAGUUCGACCCGGCUAGUCCACGUGACUUGACCCGAUUAGUGAGAUCCACUUUCACUUCUUUAAAUUUUAAAGUAUAUAUUUUCCGUGAAGAUACUGUUAUUAAUUUAAUAUCGUCUUCAAUUCGGGUCGCAUUGGAAAACCCGUUAAAUUAUGCUAGAAACUAUCUGGGUGAUAUACUUGACCCCAAUGUGGAUCGGGUCAUAUACCUGGAUUCAGAUGUUAUACUUGUUGAUGAUAUACAAAACUUGUGGAACAUAACAUUGAAGAAAAACCGGGUAAUCGGAGCUCCGGAAUAUUGUCACACAAAUUUCACAAAUUAUUUCACAGAUGUUUUUUGGUCGGACAAGGUUAUGUCGUACCAGGUGUCACAAAAGAAACCGUGUUAUUUCAAUACGGGUGUAAUGGUAAUGGAUAUGGUGUUAUGGAGAAAAGGAAAUUACCGGGUCAAGAUAGAGAAAUGGAUGGAGCUCCAAAGGAAGAAACGGAUCUAUGAGCUGGGGUCAUUGCCACCUUUUUUGUUGGUAUUUGGUGGGGAGAUUGAACCGAUUGAUCAUAAAUGGAACCAACAUGGCUUAGGUGGAGAUAAUGUGAAAGGAAGUUGUAGGAGUUUGCAUUCGGGUCGGGUCAGUUUAUUGCAUUGGAGUGGGAAAGGGAAACCAUGGGUUAGACUUGAUGAGAAGAGGCCUUGUCCGUUGGAUCAUUUAUGGGAGCCUUAUGAUUUGUACAAAGGACGAAUGUCAACCGUUGAUGGAUAUGGGACUUAUUUUAUUUGAUUAUAUUUAGUUUUUUUUGUUUCUAUUAGUAUUACUUUUUAGUGUUAUUGAGUAAUAAAUUUAAGAAAAAGAAAAAAAAAAAGAAUUGUAAAAGUUUUGUUUUUUUGGGGGGUUGUAUGGUUAUGGUUUCUAGGGGCAUUGUUUGAUUCAGAGAUACUUUAUGACAGCUGUGUACAGAAAGAAAUUUGUAGUUUUGAUUUUAAUUGGUCAUUGGUUGGAUGAGUACAAGGGCAUUUACAUCAUCA